UCUACCGUAAAGCAUUUCGGUGUUCCGACUGUCGAAGCCAACAUUUGACAAAACGCUUCCUCUAAACGGAACAGCUUAUAUUUACAUUUAGUAGUUUAGAUACAGAUAAUUAAGAUGGCAGAGAAAUUUGAUAACCUGGAGGAGCAUCUGGAGAAAUUUAUCGAGAAUAUUCGACAGCUGGGAAUCAUCGUUAGUGAUUUUCAGCCCAGCAGCCAGGCAGGACUCAACCAGAAACUGAAUCUGAUGAUCUCUGGACUGCAGGACAUAGAGAAAUGUCGCCAGCAACUGCACGAGAUCAACGUUCCUCUGGAGGUGUUUGAAUACAUUGACCAAGGUCGAAACCCACAGCUGUACACGAAGGAAUGUCUGGAGCGAGCCUUAGCCAGGAACGAGCAGGUCAAAGGGAAGAUUGACACCAUGACGGUAAGAGAUAGUCCCAGGGUCACUGAGAUUCCCCUCCAAUGA